AACUAUAAAAAUAAAUACUGACAACAAUAACGGUACCGGUGUAAUAAAAAUUCAGAAAAUGAAAACAUAAUGUAUUAUGAAUGAAUUCUUUAGAAAAUGAAGGCUGAACAUACUCUAUUUGUCAUUUUAUUAAUUUCCUUUAACAUCGGCUUAAUUCUGGCAAGCGAUGGUGACCGCUCCCCGUUUUACCAAACCUGUGUUAAAAGGUGUAAGAACACCAACUGUACACAAGAUAAUUUUACCCCUGAAGCCGCCAAGCUGCAGAGUUUCUGGAGCUGGUUGCUGCAGUGGGGUUGCCAGGACGAGUGUCGCUACCACUGCAUGUGGCGGACGGUAGACGCAUUUGCAGAGAGAGGCUAUGACUACCCCAAGUUUCAUGGGAAAUGGCCAUUCACCCGACUACUGGGCGUGCAGGAACCAGCCUCAGCAUUCGCGUCCCUGCUAAAUCUAGCUGGUCAUCUAUACAUGCAUUAUGAGCUGGCUACACAUACACAGUUCUCAGUAAAGAGUACACCGCUGCUGCCUUUUUGGCAUGGAUUUGCCUUGGUGUGUAUGAACGCGUGGAUGUGGUCAAUAAUCUUCCACACUCGCGACACGCUGUUCACGGAGUUCAUGGACUACGCGUGUGCCUUGUCUAUGGUCAUGGCGCUGUUGGCCGCCGCUGUCGUUAGAGUGUUCCACGGGCGCAAGAAGCAGGGUCCGCUGACGUUGCUGCUGAUGCUGUUUUGCUACUACGCCAUGCACGUGCGCUACCUCUACGCGGGCCGUGUCGACUACGGGUACAACAUGCUAGUCAACGUCGUUUGUGGUGUGUCGGGCGGCCUGCUCUGGGCGCUCUGGGCGUGCACACAGCUGGUGCGCGGGCGGCGGCACGCGCGCCUCGUGCUCGCGUUCUGCGCGUGGUCGGGCGCCGCGCUGUGCCUCGAGCUGCUCGAGUUCCCGCCGCGGGCUGGCUGCGACGCGCACGCCCUGUGGCACGCGGCUACGGCGCCGCUGCCUCUACUGUUCUAUAGAUUCAUCAUAGAAGAUUUGAAAUAUCUGCAGAAUGAAAAACGAUCCGAAAAACUUGACGUCAAGCUCUCAUAAAUUCCGUGAUAAU